AAUGGCAUUGAGAGAGAAGGAAUGUUGAUUUCAAUGUCGCAGCAAUAGUGCAGACUCUGAGGAUAGACUGGGACGUUAUAACAAUGGUUCAGCCACUGAAAGCAAUAGAUUGGACUGUCACGGAAUUUAAUGAGAAUCCCAAAGAAACAGGUUGGCAUGUUGCCACAAUGAACAGAAGUCUCAGCGCAGCAUUUUACCAUCUUUCUACACGCUACGAUGAAUUGCCCUUAAAAUUUCGAAUCAAAUACGUGCUUCGGGUUAUUCAAGCAAUUUACUACCCCAUACUCGCGAUCGUUGGUCUCACUGCUAACAUUGCAACGAUUAUCAUCCUGUCUCAAAGAAAAUGUGGUCUCUCCCGAUGGAUUACACGUUACCUGGUGGCCAUGUCAGUGGCAGAUUUACUCGUUGUAAUCCUAGAUCUGAUGUUGAGACAUAUUCCAAUUGUUUUUAAGAAGCAUUUUAUUUUCCUAAAGUCUGUCCCUUUGUGUAAUAUGCAUGCUGUCUUGUUAUAUACAGCUAUUGAUUGUUCCGUAUGGUUCACUGUUGCUUUCACUUUUGAUCGUUUUGUAGUUGUUUGUUGCCACAAGCUGAAAAGCAAAUACUGGACUGAGAGAACAGUGGUUGCAAUUCUUGUAUCACUGACUGUUUUCAGUGGCUUGAAGAAUAUUUUCUGGUAUUUCAUGUUUACAGGUUUGUAUCGGCUUCAUAAAGAACCCUGGUUUUGUGAUGUAUCAAAAGGUGUUCGGUUCUCAUUGUUCUGGGGUUGCAUUGAGAUUGUCCAUUAUAUAUUCACCCCAAUUGUCCCAUUUUUCAUAAUUCUGCUAUUAAACGCAUUCACAGGAAAAUAUGUUUUAAUGAACACCAAUGUCCGCAAGAGACUCUGGUCGCAGUGCAAGGUCAGGAAAGUAAAAGAUACGGAGUUGGAAAAUAGAAGAAGAUCCAUAAUUUUACUCUUCCUCAUCUCUGCUAAUUUGAUCCUAUUGUGGUCACCGUUGUUGAUUUCUACAUUUUGGACACGGAUGAAUUUAUUGGGGUAUGCUGUAUGGCUUAAUCAAUUUUGGCGAGAUAUUGGUUUCAUGUUGCAACUUCUGAGCUGUUGCACAAAUACUUGUAUUUAUGUUGUGACACAGAAAAUGUUUCGAAAGCAGUUGAAGAAUGUUCUAUUGUACUUAUUUACUGCAAAACUCCAAGUCAUCCAAUGAAGUAAUUCUUCAACCAUUUAGCGCAUUGAGCAAUUUUUGAUUUUUCUUCACAUUUGGCUGACAGUCAGCUCGAAAUUUGUAUUCGGUGAAAAGUCAG